AUGUCGAGUGGUUCAAGCAGCGGCUAUGGAAGCGCUGCAACAACCGUCGACUCCGAAACGGCGACCACGUCGGUGCCCAUAACCACGCAGGUGAUCAAUGCAUGCACCCCCGUUUGCUCACAGCCCUACUAUCCUUCCACCAGUUCCAAUCAGUAUGGAUCGAGCAACCUGACCCAGCAGCAGGCAACACCCGAUGAUCCGAAUCAUUCACAGGCGGAUGCGGAACUUCUCCCAUCCAUCAACGACUUUCAGUUCCCGGGGGCAAUGAAUGGUAUGUGGCCGACACCCAUAAAUGCAGAUCUGUGGACAGCAGCAUCGAUGCAAGCAAGCCAUCAACUUUCCCGAUCACCUGUUAAUUACGAGCAUUAUUGUGGCGGUGUGUAA